AUGAAAUUAGAAACCGAGAUUAAAUUAGCUGAACAAGAAGUCAAAAGUUUACUCAUCGCCCUUGAAACUAUCAACUUAGGAAAUGUGGAGUUACAAAAAGAAAUAUUGUUAGCUAAGGAGAGAAACAUCGCCACGUCUGAAAGAGUUAACAACGGUAUUAAUAAAUAUGAACAACUUUGGUUAACAUCUAAAAAACGAUACGAAAGUAUUCCAUUCAUUCAAAAGUGUCUUCAAAUUAUUAAUAAAAAAGAUACAUUACAAGACAAUAUAAAUAAAUUGAUUAAAGAAAAACAAAAAUUACUUCACGAUGUAGUUAUAAAGCAACGAGAUUUGUUGAAUUUAGAUAGAAAAAAUAUAAUAGAAAUGGCGAAGUAUAUGGUUCAUGAAAGACCACUUACGCUAAAACAAAUAAAGAAUAAACAAAAUGAAGUUAGUGAAUUGCUAAAAGAAAUUAAAGUUUUAUCAAAUCCUAAUGAAAAUAUAAACUUAUUAAAAACAGACUUGAAAAUUGAUUCAAACGCCGCUUCUAAAAUUUUAAACCCUCCUAUAGAAGAUAAUUGGCUUAAUAUAUCUGAGAAUGGUGAUAAUGAAGUAAUAACGAUAAAGAAAGUUGAUUAUCAAAAACUAUCUAUAAAGAGAGUAGACUCGGAGCCUUUAGUUGAUCAAACUAAGAGAAUUAAAACGGAUGAAAUUGUUAAAGAUCUUUACAUUUCGACGUAUUUUCAAAAACGCGAAGAUUCUGUUGAUUUAAAAUCAAAUUAUUCGGACAAGAAAUUGAUUCAUGUAUUGGAAGAUAUAAAAUUAGAUAAAGCUGAAGCUUUGGAGAUUGUUUCUAAAGUGAAGUGCAGUGUGCUUCAAAACGUUGAGACUAUAGAAGCUGCACAAAGAGAGAAAAUCAAUUCAUCUCAGGAAACAGUUAACAAUAAGUCGGUAGAUAAUAUGGAAGAAAUCGUAGAAAUAGACUUGACCAACAAGGAAUCCUUAGAUGUAUUGAUGCCGCCCACACAAUUUCUGGAUCUAACUCAGGAAGAAUUUAUUAAAAGUUCCCAAGGCCAAGUGGAAACAGAAAAGAACAAUACUAAGGAAACUACCAACAACAAAAGUUGUUCUCAAGAGAAGAGAGUCACCUUCACCGGAAUCGUGUCUGUUACAAAUUCUGAAACAAUCGACUUACAAAAGUCUCCUGAAAGUGUAAACCAGCUAGACAUUAGUACGACUAGUGAUGAUAGUUACAAAAAAAUUAAAGAAAUCAUAUUCAAAAAACACAAUUUGGAUUUAUCACCGGAAUUUACAUAUUCUAAGAUUCCUGCCACAUCAAUGAGACCUGAAACUAAUGCUGUUACUUCAAAAUUUUUUGAUACAAAAAUAAAUAAUGACGAAAAUAAAGUUGAAUUGAUGGAAGUGGAUAACAGCCCGACUGGCGAAAUCGAAAGCAAUCAAUGUGUGGAAGAUAAAAUAAAUGAAAAUGUAGUUUCUGAAAGUAACGAAGAGACCAAGAAUGAUCCACAAAAGGGAACAGUGGCAGGAUUUCUAUUUGCUCAUGGUCCACAAGGAAUUCCAGAUUCCUUAAAUGUGUCUGUGAGCACAUUGGAUUAUGAAGAUGCCGAUUGUGCUCCUUGUAUUGACUCAAACCUUCUUUUGUCACCAAAAGCUGAUGAACAAAUGCCAACAACUAGUGAAAAUAUAAAAGUGCUUUCACAAGAAGUUCCUAAUUUCUUGUCAGGUUUAAGGAGGACUGGCUUGUCAUUCUUUGGAAAUACAUUAUCAGAAGAUAAAUCUUCAACUUCAACUCAGAAUCAAAAUUGUAAUUUUACAUUUUCUUUUGGUGGAGAUGAUAAAAUGACCAGAGGUGGUCUAUUUAGUAUGUUUCGC